AUGCUAGUCAACUUUCUGACGCUGUUUGCUGUUUUGAAAGUGAAUUUGGCUUCGAUAGCUGGCGUCACGUACAUGGACGAUUUCGAUUUUGACCAGAGAUAUAGGAAUUUGCACGAAUGCGAUCCUUUCUAUUGGCAUCCACUGCAUCUGCCAGAAGAAUGUGCGGAAAUGUUCGAAAAGUUGAUACGAGCCAAAGUCGCGCCAUAUCGCGUCGCAACGGAACGCGUUAGCAGUUCUUUUGACAGUCCACAAUACUCACAGUUUCCUGUAGGGGAAUCUUUUGAGAAUGAUCCGUACAUCCAAGUGCCAAUAGACAUUUAUCCAUACGCACAAAGGCCUCAGAACGCUAUGGAUAAAUUAUUCGAUCUGUUAAAGCGAGAUGUUAAAGAUAUACCGAGUUAUGCGAAAAUUACGACGUUACCGUAUUUGGGAACGGUCGCGUUGUAUAGACAACCCGUAUCGCUGAAGACAGAAGCGACGAUAAAGAGGCUGUCGAGAGAUUAUGGGAAUGCGGCUCGCUACAGAUAG